AUGUCAGUGGAAUUUGUAUUUCCAAAGAUUCAUUCAUUUCCGCCAUUGUACACCAAGCAACCAAAUGCUACCGUAUUAAAUAAUCAACUUGAUACUUGGUGUGAAAUCCUAUUGGAUUAUUGUGAGCAUUAUAAAAUAUCCUCAAUUUCUAAUCUGGGUAAAAUAUUAUACUCACAAUAUGAUUCCAUAGAAAAUAUUCCCCCAAUUUUUGAUAACAAAGAUAUAAAUAGAGUAGUGAAUGAUGAGUUCAAGUCAACUAUAUUCAGACACCUUAUUCAAAAGUUAAAGAGAGCCGAAUAUAAAAAUCCAAAACUGCCGGAUAGUGGGAUUAUUUUAUAUUGGAAAUCCAUAUCAGAAUGGUGUCUGGUUUUGUAUGGAUAUGUGGAAAGAUCUGGACAAUUGGGUUCUAUACUUACAGUUUACGAACUUACUCAACUGUCAGACUCGGGACUCCCCGAUGAACUUAAAAACAUCGAAUACGAUUUGUUAGUCCGGGUACUAAAAUAUUUGGUGAAACAAGGUAAAGCUCAAAUACUCAUGGCUGAUGAUGGGACUGACCAAAUCGGUGGUGUUAAAAUUGUAUAG